CGUCGCUGAACACCAGAAGGAAUAGACCGUUAUGGCAGUCGUGCACGGGAAUCUCGGAGCAUCACAUUUAAAACAAUUCCAGCUGUAUCCAACCACAGAUUUGGACAGGAGGAUGAACAUUCAAACGACAGAUUACGGAGCACAGCUGAAAUAUCUCGGCGGCGCGCAUUCAGGGGUCACGAGGGCGGACAGCAUGGCCCUCUUUACGCAUCGCAGAAAACGCACCAACUUUACGCAGCAGCAAAUCGACGUGUUGGAGAAAGUUUACCUGGACACAAAAUACCCUGAUAUUUAUUUAAGAGAGAAACUUGAGGCACUGACCGGUCUACCAGAAUCAAGAAUUCAGGUUUGGUUCCAGAAUCGAAGAGCCAAAUCACGACGCCAGGUGGGGAUUCCACUCCCAGCAAAGACCAAUGGAAAUGUUCUGACCUCCAACACUCACCUUAUGAACCAGUUAAUGACACAUCAGAACCACACACCCCUGGAGACCCAGCAAACCCCCAAGUUUGCCAUGAUAGACAGUUUUAAUCAACAAGUGAUGAACUCUGCAGAUGAGAAGAGAUGCGCCUUGAAAGGUGACAUGUACAACCCAAGCGCUCCCUGCAUGUUCAGCAGAACCGAGGAGAACCAGAUCAACACGGAUCACCUGAGCGUCGUGGUUCCUCGCAGUUACACGCAACAGUAUCCCAAAGCACACGAACAGUUCACCGCUACAAGCCAUGCAAAAUCUACAAUGAAGCAAUUUUUGGUGGAGUAUGACAACUUUCCACCGAACAAGACCAUUGGGCCAGAGAUGAAGGUUGUUAUUCCUCCUCUUCCUCCUCAGAAUAACUUCUUGAUGUCUUCACCCAAACACGUCACCUGUUCGGUCCAGAACGUGCCGGUCGUUGUCCAGCCAGGGAAUUUUGGGACCUUCUCUCCCAUCAGGGCAAAUGAAGCUGUUGAGUUUUCAGACUCCGAUUCGGAUUGGGAGAAGGAAGCUAUGUGUGGUUUUAAUGGAUUUAUUUAGAGAUGUGAUUUAUUCAUUGUACAGAUUUGAUCUGCAUGCCAAAACACUCAAGGUUUGAAAAUCAGAUAUUUAUUUUGU